GAUGAGAGUUAUUUAUAUAUUUUGAAGUGUUUUAUGGCCAAAUUCGUCGAUUUCUUCAAGCUUUUCUACAGUUGCUUUCAUCCUGGUUACAGACUACUAUGCUCUCCACUGUUAUUCGAGGAUCCGUACCCUCGGAGUCAUUCUGGAAUGAUCAUUGCGUCACUAUUAUUUUUCCCUAAGUUAUUGUCUGUCAAUAAUGCUUGCCAUCUUUUAUACUUAUUUACACUGGCUAUGAUUUGUUAGAAAGCUGGAUAUAUUCCAAGCAAAACCACGAUUUUCAACUUCAUUUCUCAGUAUUGAAAUAAUCGUUAUGGAAGAAACGGAAACAGCAAAAAUAUUGCUUAUAAAUCAUCAAGAUUAAAUAUAUAAAGAAUAGAAGUUUAACAAUUCCUGUUUGUCAGCCAAUACGAUUAAGGUUAAAUAUAUGCAGUUACCGCUCUACUUUUCGACAAAACUUAAGAUCUCAUCAAACUCAAUGAUUGAGAAAAAAGACUAUUAUAUAAUGCAAUAAAAGCAAGUAGUCAGUCCUCUGAAAAAAAUUUUUAAAAUAUUCUGUCGAUUCUUGUAAAAUAUAUAUCAUGCACAAGCAGCAUAUCUAAUAGAUACCUUUGCCAAUAAUAGUUUUUUUUAUGUUUUAACAAGAUAAAAAUCACGCAGAUCUUUUUUUUUUUUUUUUGCAAAAGAUUUUCUAAGAAGCACACUUUAAUAAGGCAUUUUCUAGCGCCUGUGAAAGAAAAGCCAAUCUGUGGAUCAUACAAUAUAAAAUAUUUUCUAAUCUAUGCACUUCAAUUUGGAAUAUAUGCAAGCUUACGAAAGAAUUCUGCAAAAUGUGUAAUGAAGUCUUUUUUUCGCAGGAAUAUAUGAUGCCACAAAUCUUGACGGAUAUUAAAGAAAAACCAUUUGUUUGUGAUGUGUGCAAUGAAGGGUUCUGUCUACGAGGAAGUUUAAAGAUGCAUUUAAGGACGCAUACGAAAGAUAAUCUGUAUGCUUGUAAUGAUGUUUGCGAUAAAAUAUUUUCUCAACAAGAAAGUUUUAAGACACAUUCAUUAUUUCAUAUGAAAAAUAAACCACAUGCUUGUGAUCCGUGCGAUAAAACAUAUUCUGUAUUAGGAAGUUUAAACAGCCAUUUACGGACGUAUACGAAAGAGAAACCGUACGUUUGUGAGAUAUGCAGUAAAACGUUUACUCGACGAGGAAAUUUAGAGACACAUUUACAGUUGCAUACGAAAGAGAAACCGUAUGUUUGUGAGAUUUGCAGUGAAGCUUUUUCUCGAAAAGGAAAUUUAACGAGCCAUUUACGGACGCAUACGAAAGAGAAACCGUACAUUUGUGAGAUAUGCAGUAAAACGUUUUCUCGACGAGGAAAUUUAGUGACACAUUUAUGGACGCAUACGAAAGAGAAACCGUAUGUUUGUGAGAUUUGCAGUGAAACUUUUUCUCAAAAAGGAAAUUUAACGAGCCAUUUACGGGCGCAUAAGAAAGAGAAACCAUAUAUUUGUGAGAUAUGCAAUAAAGCGUUUUCUCAAGGAGGAAGUUUAAAGAGACAUUUAAGAACGCAUACGAAUGAGAAACCAUAUAUUUGUGAGAUAUGCAGUAAAGCGUUUUCUCGAGGAGGAUGUUUAAACAGACAUUUAAGGACGCAUACGAAAGAGAAACCAUAUAUUUGUGAGAUAUGCAAUAAAGCGUUUUCUCAAAGAAGAAGUUUAAAUAUACAUUUAAGGACGCAUACGGAAGAGAAACCAUAUGUAUGUGAGAUUUGUAGUCAAGCAUUUUCUCUACGAAACUUUUUAAAGACACAUUUAGGGACGCAUACAAAAGAGAAAACGAACGUUUGAAAUGAAUGCAAUAAAACAUAUUCUAUUGGAUGCUUUUAAUGGAAAUAUUUUCUGACGCAUACGAAACAGAAACCUCUUUGUCUAAUAAAGCAUUUCAUGCAAAAGGAAAUUUGAAGUCCCAUUUACCGAUCCAUUCUAAAGAGUAGCUACAUGUUCGUGGUGUUUGUAAUAAAGUAUUUUCUGGUCGAAAUAUUGAAAGGAGAUAUUAAUUCAAAAUUAAAUCCACGUAAUUGUAAGAUGUGAAGCAAAACUUUAUUUCUUGCGAAGAAAUAUGAAAUUGCCUUUAUGGGUUCAUAUGAAAUGGAAAUGUGAGCAAUGAAGCAUUUUCUGAACCAAUGAGUUUAAAGGCACAUUUAUUGACGGAUGUAAAAAAACAAAAAACAUGUUUUUGAUUAUGCAAGAUAACGUUUUCUCGCGGAAAUAUUUCGGAAAUACUUACUGACGCAUACUGUUGACUACAGUUGUGAAAUAAACAAUUCCCCCCCCCUUUUCCUUCCUAUAGGGAAUCUGCAGGCGCAUUUACUGAUACAAAAGAGAAAUUUUAUAUGCACGAUUAUUUGCAACAUUGCUCGGGAUCGAAGAAAAAUUAAAGAAGAAAUUUAGUCGCACUUGUUGAAACAAAAUUAUGCAUAUGCCAAUUUUUUUAAUUUUCCUUUUGUCAUAAUUAAUUGGGAAUUUAAUGAAGUAUACAAAUAAACCGGAAUUAUGCAUCUGUGUAGCGUUUUGUAUAGCUUUUUCCAAUGAUGCAGUUUUUUUGACGGGUUUACACUCGGGCAAUUAUAAGACGUUAAACAGGCAGCGCAUGCACAGAAAGGGACUGAUUUAUGUUUGCCAUAAUUUCAAAAGAUAGAUUCAGGCAUUUCAUGCUUGGCUAUAAAUUGGCGUUUUGGCGUCCCUCAAUUUUUCUUUUCCAUUGUGCAGUGUAUUAAAUUGGGGGAUAUUUGCCAAAGGAAACAUGGUAAAAUAAAAGAAAAGGUCAAAUUCAGAAAACUAUAGAAAAAAAAGUAAUAAAAUGGGAGGAAAAAACUCGCUUCAGAAAGAACG